CCGGCCGACAACGCCGCCGGCACGCGAGCUGCCCGCCGAAUCCAGCCGGCGACUCGGCAGCCUCCCAGUUGCGUCGGGCCCAUCGCCAGCAGGGCAACCGACCAGCGGGCUUCGCUCCGACCGCCGCCCGCGCGCAAGCACAGCGUGAGGUAAGCCAUCCAAACCGGGCAGCCCCCCACGCCGCCACACGGGACGCACCGCGCACCACCAUGGGCGGCGGCGGCUCCAAGACCGCCCCCGAGGGCGAAAAUGAGGAGGACGAGCUGCCCAGGGAGACGGAGGACGACAAGAAGGACCCGAACAACAAGCCGCUGGACGUGGGCAAGGAUUUUGGGGGACCCUGCAAGAAGCGCAAGUGCACCGAUGUGCUCUGUACAUUACUCUUAGCCUUCGCGUGGUUCUGCAUGACGGUCGUGGGCUUGGCCUGCAUUCCUGGGAGCCCGAUAGAAGGCACUAUGGGCCUGCAGAAGGGCAACCCCUACAAAUUAAUUAAUGGCAUCGACUACAAGGAUCGCGUCUGCGGCAUCGAUUCAGAUGUCAAGGAUAGAUUAAAAUUGUACUACUUACCGACCGGCUCCGGAGUCUGCAUCAAGAAGUGCCCGGAAAAGCAGAAUGCGCAAGCGUUUCAUUGUACGGACGAUGCUCAAGAAAAAUUGGACAAAAUCGACAGAACACAGACGGGCUGGGAGGUGCUUUAUGUGGCCAAGGGCUUCGAGAUGGUCAAGGAGUGCAACGACCCGAAGUGCAGCGACCCGCAGUCGCUGCGGCGGUGCCAGUGCUGCGCGCCGUACUACCCGACGAACGACGUCAUGAAUUAUUGUGUGAGCGAGCAAGCCCAAGCGGUCGCGGCGGCGGCCGGCGACCAGGCGGCCCAGCAGGCCGCCGACGCCACGAAGCCGUGCGACCCGACGCCGCCGCCGGUUGCCGGCGCGACAAAAGCACCCACACCGUUAUGUGGCGCGGCGUUGGCCGCCGAAUCCCAGGAGCGGGACUACACCGAAAAGAUGUACGCCGACAUGAUGGUGAGCAUGUGGUACAUCUUUGGCUUUGGCUUUUUUGGCGCGAUAUUUGUGGGCUUCGUGUAUACCUUCAUCCUCAGGAUUCCUGGCGUAUUAGCAUUAGUCGUGUGGGGCAUCAUCGUCGCCGUCGGCGUCUUCUGGCUCGCCCUGGCGGCCAUGUGCUACCAGACGUCGGUGGCCUGGAAACAAGAUGAAGAUCGCGACGCGAACCAGGCGAACGGCAUGCUGUACUUGGCCUACUUCUGCGCCGCGCUCUGCGCGUUGUGGGCCUGCACGAUCUGCUGCCUGCGGAAGCGCAUCGCGCUGGCGAUUGGCAUCACGAAAGAAGCCGCGAAGUGCAUCGCGACGAUGCCGAUCAUCAUCGCGCGCCCGCCGCGUCCAAUUUUGAGCCCUGUCGGACCGCGCGGUCGCCUCGACGCGAUCUUCAUGGGUCGCGGCGAUGGCGUAGGGCUCACACGCCAUCGACGCGACUCGUCAGACUCGUUCGCGCCGCUUCGACGGCGUCCCGAGCCACGGACCGCGCGCAGGUCUUCCCCGUCGUCCAAGUCAUGGCGUUGAUCGUCUUCGUCAUCCCCUGGUUCAUCUACUGCCUCUUCCUCGCUUCCAGUGGAGAGAUGGAGACGGUCAAGGGCGCGCGGCAGAUGGUCUACGACGAGACGACCUUUAAAGCAGGGUGGUACAUGAUAUUUGUGUACUUCUGGAGCUCGGAAUUCAUCAUCGCGCUCGGACAGAUCAUCCUCGCGCUAGCCGUAUCAACAUGGUACUUCACGCGCGACAAGGGCAAGAUCGGCAAUUCGACCGUGAUCUGGAGCUUCAGACAAGGCGCGUGGUACCACUGGGGCACGGCGGCCUUCGGCAGUCUCAUAAUAGCCAUCAUCAAGACGAUCCGAGCGAUGAUCAAGUACAUCCAGAAGAAGUGCAAGAACAUCAAGAAUCCCGUGGCCAAGAAGAUCGCCAUGGCGGUGCUCUGCUGCAUCGACUGCUGCAUGUGGUGUGCGUGACCCAGUGUACCACUUUGAUCGGGACGCGGCCGCCGCGAUGGCGUCGACGUGGCCGCCAGAGAGCACACACUGUCGUUCCCCCACAGGCAUCGAGAAGUGCAUGAAGUUCAUCAACAAGAACGCCUACAUCCAGACGGCGAUCUUUGGGUACCACUUCUGCAAGGCGGCGAAGUGCGCGUUCUUCCUGAUUCUCAGGAAUAUUGCUCGUAUUAUGGCGCUGUCGAUCGUGUCCGGAUUCGUGCUGCUCCUGGGCAAACUCGUGAUCACCGCUGGAGCUACAUUUUUAUGCUAUGUGUGCCUGGCCUACACUCCAGUAAGCGACGAAUUGAACUACAUCUGGCUUCCAUUAGUUUUCACGGCUAUAAUAGCCUUCUACGUCGCCGCGAUGUUCAAUGAAGUGUGGGGCAUGGCCAUGUCGACGAUCUUGCAGUGCUUCUGCGCCGACGAGGAAAUUUAUAAAGGAGACAAGGACGCGAUGUACGCCGGGUCCGACCUCAAGGCGACGGUCUCGAACUCCAACAAGGGCAAGUUCGCGAAGAAGUCCAAGGUCGCGGCGGCGCCGGCCGAGGACGAGGGUGACGCGGUCAUCUAGGCCCUCCCCUCGCGUAAGGGGGGUGCUUGACUG